AUGGCUCCGGAGUACUGCCCUGUGCCUCCAGUGGUUCGGCUCAGCAGCAGGCUGCUGCUGCUGCAACAGCAGCUGCCGCAGCAGCAGCAGCAACAGCUUCUGAAAGCUGUACUGCAGGAACACGAUAGCAGCAGACUUGUAGAGCUCUCCUACGCACCCACACCAGCAGCAACCACCCCAAGAGACCAGCAGCAGCAGCAGCAGCAGCAGGACAUACACCGCAGCAGCAGCAGCAGCAGCUUGAAGCUGCUUCAUCUAGUAGAAGAAGCAAAAGAACUUCUGCAGCGGCUUUCCCUCAAUAACAAAGAAAGCAACACCAGCAGCAGCACCGGCGACGAAAACAGCAGCAGCAACUGCAGCAGCAGCAGCAGCAGCAGCAGCAGCAGCAGCAACAACACCACGGGUCAUGAAAGCCGGCACUCCCUUGUAGCAGCCGCAGCAGCGCCUGCUGCUGCAACAGCGGUACCUGCUGCAGCAGCAGCGGUACCUGCUGCUGCUGCGGCACCUGCUGCUGCAGCGGCACCUGCUGUUGCAGCGGCACCUGCUGCUGCAGCGGCAUCUGCUGCUGCAGCGGCACCUGCUGCUGCAGCGGCAUCUGCUGCUGCGGCGGCAUCUGCUGCUGCUGCGGCACCUGCUGCUGCAGCGGCAUCUGCUGCUGCUGCAGAAAAAGCAGCAUUUAGGGCCUCAGCAGCAGAUACUAAGCCCAACCAGCCCCUGAAGUUGCUGCAGCAGCAGCUGCAAUUGCAGCUGCUGCAGCAGGAAAGUGCUGCGGUAGCCAUACGCGAUCUGAUGAAUGGCAUCCAGCAGCAACAGCAGCAGCAGCAGCAACAGCAGCAAGAGCUUCAACAGCAGCAACAGCAGCAGGAACAGCUGCAGCAGCAACUCGCCCAGCAGCAAUUGCUGAUCCGACAGCAAGACUGGCUUAUAAAGCAACAGCAAGAGAGAAGCCAGAGGCAGCAAAACGAUGCUGCGGCGCAGCAGCGGCAGCUGCAGCAGCUGCAGCAGCAGCUGGAGAGGAGAGAGAGAGCCGAGAAGGCCCUUAGUCUAGACCUCGAAAAGCUGAAGAGGCAGCAAACUAAAAAGGAAGCUGAAUGGACCCAGCGAGUGGUGGCGCUGCAGCAGCAGCUGCGGCAGACAGCAGCAGAAGCAGCAGCAGCAAAGAGAGCAGCUGCUGCAGCUGAGAGGGAGAACACCAGGCUGAAAGACAGUCUUGAAGCAGCGAAGGCUAGCUCACCGCUGGAAGCAACAGCAGCAGCAGCAACAGGAACAGCAGCAGCAGCAACAGCUAGUCCUUCGCUGCUGUGUGGCCAUCAGCGGGAUCUGCUGCUGCAGCGUCGCCUACAGCAGCAGCAGCAGCAGCAGCAGCACAAGCAACUCUUUGCCUGUAGCAGCAGACACGGCGUAGUCAACAGCAGCAGCAGAAGCAGCAGGAGCAGCACCAGCAGCAACGCAUCACCUUUGUAUCUAACGACAGCAACUCCCCCUCCAGGUGUCCCUGCUGCUGCUGCUGCUGCUGCUGCUGCAGCUGCUGCUGCAGGGCCGCUCGCCUGCUGCCGCGCUGCCUCAUCAGCGUCUCUUGGGCUGCAGCAGCAAGCAGCAGCAGCAGCUGCUGCUGCUGCAGCAGGAAGGUUUCAGGUGUAG